CCCUCUUCAUGUUCUACAGGUGUGUUUGGAGAUUCAGUCUCAGUAAUGGAAGGAGAUUCUGUCUCUCUAAACUCUAGUGUUACCAAAAUACCUGAAGAUGACGACAUUCUCUGGAAAUUUGGAGCCAAUAAGUCUCUGAUAGCUGAAAUGAGUGGAGCUGAUGGAAUCUUCUCUAUUAAACAUGAUGUUCUGGAUGGGAGAUUCAGAGACAGACUGAAGCUGGACAAUCAAACUGGAUCUUUGACCAUCACGAACAUCACAACCAAACAUGCUGGAGAUUAUGAAGUGCAGAUUCGUGGAGCAAAACUAAGAUCCAAAACAUUCAGCGUUUCUGUCUAUGCUCGUCUGCCUGUUCCUAUCCUCAACUCUUCUCGAUGUCCAUCAUCUCAGUAUAACUGUUCAGUGCUGUGUUCAGUGGUAAAUGUGACUGCUGUGAGUCUCUCCUGGUACAAAGGAAACGGUUUAUUGUCCAGCAUCAGUGUGUCUGAUCAGAUCAGGAGCCUUUCUUUAGAUGUGGAAUAUCAAGACACAUACAGUUGCGUGGUGAACAACUCCAUCAGCAACCAGACCACACAACUCAACAUCACUCAACUCUGUCAACCAUGUAACACACCAUCAGGUAUGUUGGCGUUGAUAUAA